GAUUCAGACCGAGAUUUUCGAUACAAAUUCUUCGAUAAAGAAAACCCUUCCUAAACUCAGGCAGUUCCUAAACUCGGAGUCUUACGCGGAGAUAGAGAUAGAUGAUCACAUGACUAUGAUAAAAGAGGACGAAAAGACAGUCGAGUUUUCGAGAUCGGUCGCGAGAUUCUAAAGUGUAUCCCGAGAAGUUUGCAGUUUGGCGUUUGCGCGACCGCUCUACGGUGGGACACGUGAUUUCCGCGGGGUGGUGUACACUGAGGUCAUCGUGAAUGGUGCUGAAAGGUGGUGAACGUGUUUCCUACGGCCGUUAAGGGCGGUUCGUGAUGUUUAGCUGCCACGGGAGAUUUUAGGUGUACGGAUUAUCGGGGAUAGACUACAUAUUGAUAAGGCAUGCUAUGCGUCAGAACACCGGAAACGGAGGUCCGUGCAGAAGAUGACGGGGUUAAGUAGAUAAAGGGAGCAGCCUGGCCGCCAUCGACGACGGACGAUUCCCUCGGCUCCUCUCUUUCUCACCGCAGCGCACAAUGCUCUGCCAUCGCGCCCUUGUCGUUCUCUUCGCUGUCAACGUGCCAAUCGUGACGGGGCUAGAGCCAGACUUCGCUUAUCCGCUGGAGAACGUAACGAUCCCUCAGGGUCGAGACGCUACCUUCACCUGCGUAGUGAGCAACCUCGGUGGAUACCGGGUGAGUCCUUCCUCCUCCGCGAGCGGAGAUCACUCUGGCAGCGCCAAGGCCCGGGUGGCGUGGAUCAAAGCGGACACGAAGGCGAUCCUGGCGAUUCAUGAGCACGUUAUCACGAACAAUGCCCGUCUAUCGGUGACCCACAGCGACUACAACACGUGGACAUUGAAUAUUCGCGGAGCACGCCGAGAGGAUCGCGGGAUUUAUAUGUGCCAGGUCAACACGGAUCCCAUGAAGAGUCAGAGCGCGUUUUUGGAGGUAGUAAUACCGCCAGACUUCAUCGCGGAGGAGACCUCGAACGACAUGAUGGUUCCCGAGGGAGGUUCCGCGAAGCUGGUGUGCAAAGCGCGCGGUUUUCCCAAGCCCGACAUCGUGUGGAAACGAGAAGACGGCGCCGAAAUCAUUUCGCGGACCGGCCAUUCCGGCGGCAAGAUAAAAUCACUCACUGCAGAGGGCGAAACGCUGACUUUGUCGAAAGUAACGAGGGGCGAGAUGGGUGCCUACCUGUGCAUCGCCAGCAACGGAGUGCCUCCGUCAGUCAGCAAACGAAUGAUGCUGCACGUGCACUUUCACCCAAUGGUCCAGGUACCGAACCAGCUGGUCGGGGCUCCGAUCGGAACUAACGUCACGCUGAUCUGUCUCGUGGAAGCGUCACCUAAGGCAAUUAAUUACUGGACUCGGGAGACGGAUGAAAUGAUAAUUAGCAACAGCAAGCACACGAUGUCCGAGGUGAAGACAUCGGUGUACAGCGUGCAAAUGCGAUUGGUAAUCAUGAAUCUACAGAAGCUCGAUCUGGGUGGUUACAAGUGCAUCUCGAAGAACUCUAUCGGCGAUGCUGAAGGAAACAUUCGGCUUUACGAUAUGGAGCUGCCUAAGCACUCCAAGAAGCCCAAUGAUCAGCGAUCGGACGACGACGAGAGCGACUCGAUCAACAGCAGGUUAAACCAUGUGCCUCGGGGCUCCCUGAGGGAAACGGAAUCGACCCUGGAACCGGCCUUCGACGCGGACGACAAUUCGGCGUCGACCACCUCGAGGGAGAACGUGCCGCCCGCGACGAUCGGUAUCGUCCUGAUCGCGCUGCACCACUUGCUCGUUUUGACGUAAGAUAGACGUAGCCUACCUACCCUUAAACUCAAACUACGUUCACCACGAGCUCGAUUCUCUAACCUAAGGAAAUUGCGCGAGAUAGCGACGGAAUAGUCCCGUCGAGUCGCGUUCUCGGCGAUCCACAACGUUGAUUGCCGCUGAUCUAACUUCAGUAUCGAUAUAUAUCGUCGAUACUGACGAAACAAUAGCUACAAUAUUUUAUACCGAAGCUACUACGCGCCACGUUGCCGAAGGAUACUGAUACGUUUAAAAUAUUGAACAAAAUUCACCAAAUUGAUGAACGAAAUCGCGAACAA